GUUUCUCUCAGAGAAUCUAAACAUGGCGGACGAUGGAGAGUCACUUGAGUCCUGGCUUAAUAAAGCCACCAACCCCUCCAACAGACAAGAAGACUGGGAAUAUAUAAUGGGAUUCUGUGACCAAAUCAAUAAGGAGCUAGAAGGUCCCCAAAUCUCCGUUAGACUAUUAGCACACAAGAUCCAGUCCCCUCAGGAGUGGGAAGCGAUACAAGCAUUAACGGUUCUGGAGGCUUGUAUGAAAAACUGUGGGCGAAGGUUUCACAAUGAAGUUGGAAAGUUUAAGUUUUUAAAUGAGUUAAUUAAGGUGGUUUCACCUAAAUACCUUGGGGACAGAGUAUCAGACAAAGUGAAGAAUAAGGUGAUAGAGAUGUUGUAUACUUGGACAGUAUCUCUACCAGAUGAAGCAAAGAUCUGUGAAGCGUACCAGAUGCUGAAAUCACAGGGUAUUGUUGUUGCUGACCCGGACAUCUCUCUUGAUGCCACAUUAAUACCCUCACCUUCUCCACGGCCCAAGAAUCCUGUAUUUGAUGAUGAAAAAAAGAGCAAAAGAUUGUCAGAACUUCUGAAAAGCAAAAAGCCUGAAGAUCUUCAAGAGGCGAAUCGUCUCAUUAAGAACAUGGUGAAGGAAGAUGAGGUCAGAUCACAAAGAGCAGUGAAACAAAAAAGCACUCUGGAGGCAGUCAACAACAGCGUGAAAGUCCUUAAUGAGAUGCUCGCUCACUUCAGUCCAGAGCGCUCCUCUGAAGGAGACAAGGAGCUUAUUAAGGAGUUGUACAGCGACUGUGACAAGCUUAGGCAAACAGUAUUUAAGCUAGCUACUGAAACUGAGGACGACGACAGCAGCUUGGGAGAGAUCUUGCAGGCCAAUGAUGAGCUCUCUCACGUCAUUAAUUCCUAUAAGACAAUUGUAGAAGGACACAGCAACAGUGGAGACACUGAAGCAGCACAAGGAGUCCAAACAUCCAUCAAACAAGCCACUGACAGCAAAAACCAGUCUGAGAUUCUGAUUGACCUGGUGGGCCUCGAUAGUCCCUCUACACCCGAGCACAAACCUCUGGCCUCUCUAGCUUUUCCAGGUGACCUGCUUUCUGAGUCGGCAGCCACCAACUCUCCGUCUAAGAGUGUUGGUGCACCCCCUGCAGGACUGUCACUGCUAGACGAGGAGCUGCUGUCUUUAGGCCUUAAUGAACCUGGCUCUACAGUCAGUGACUCAACACAAAGAAAUCAGAGCAAUCAUUCCUCAUCUUUACAGGAUUCCAGUCAAGAUUUGGUUUUUUUUGACACCAGUUUGCCUACGAUUCAAGCACUUUCACCUCCGCUCUUUCAAAAUGUCCUCUCUACAAUAAAUGUCUCAGUUAGUCCCAACAAAAGCACUCCAGCUGUCUCGGCCUUGAGCUUCCCUGGACUUGUUUUCUCCACACCUCCAGUUUCUACAGCCUUUAACUCGGCUUCGCUCACGUUCCCACAGCCUCUCAGUUCAGCACUAAACCCCACAGCCUCAGCUGCUGCUCCUCAGUCACUCAGCUCCUCACCUGCUCUGUCAGCUGCACAGAAAAACAUUUCCUUUCCCGGAAUCUUCCAGUCUGCGUCGUCUUCCCUGAGCCACAAUUUGCACGACCUCGCCAUGCUGGAUCUGGGCAGUAAUGACAAGUAA